UUCGGCGAAACGUGGUUGCGCUCGUGAGGGAAAGAGAAAAAUGGAGAAAAGAAGAAGGACCGUGUGGUAGGCAGUAACGCACUGAAGCACCCACACGCACAGAGAAAGGCUAAAAAGAAAGAGCCGGCUGCGUGUGCCGGCUGCCGUCGAGAAUAUAUAGGCUCGAGCGCGAGAUAUUAUACCCGAUGGCAGGAGAGCGAGGCCCGGUGCUGAAAACACCUGUCCACCCUCCAUACACACCGGAGUCUCGCCUCUUUGCCUCGCCAGUUGGUCGUUAUUUUUUUCUCCCUCUCUCCGCUCCCCCGCGCGCGCGCCACACCGCCCUUUGUCCAAAUCGUUCAUAUAAGCCUGUACUUGCUUUUCACGAUCAUCAUUUUAAAUCCGAAAGUCUUGCGGUGCGGAACGUCUACGAAAAUAUUCACGAAAAUAUAUUUUUGUACAUUCUCUCGUUUAUUUACACUGCAAUACGCUUUCGUUGUCGUUCGUAGAUGCCAUUAUGAAUAGGCCAAUUGUGGUGAUGGUGGUGAUUCAGUGUUUCGCGUUCGUGUUUAUCCUUGUCGCUGCCUCACCUAGCCAUGGAAUUAAUCACGAGGAUAUUACCAGCAGCAACGACCCUGCGCUUCUUGAAUUAAAAAAUUCAAUUCAACAUGUGCGCGAACAAUUGACCGCGAUGAUCGAUCACCGACAACAGGAUUAUAACGCGCUCGAAGAAAGCCUCAAGCAAUCUAUGGAAAAAAAUACGGAACUCACUGUCCUCAGGAAUCAAGUUAAACAAUUAAGGAAAGAGGUAAACUCCCUUCGCGGCACCGGAAGCGGCAAUGAGGCGAAGAAUGAACGACUCAAAGUCAAAUGGCUCGCGAGUGCGGUUACCGAGCUCAAAGCCGAGGUCGCCGAAGUCCUUGGAGCGAGAAACGCCAGCGAAGAAUUUGCUCAACGCUCCAGAAUGCAGAGCGAACUUGAACUCCUUCGCGGUGAUGUCGCUCAGGUUGGCAGAGGAAUUAGGGAUCUCGGCGGACGGCUGGCCAAAAUCGAAGCAUCCCUUGGCACUAUUCGACUCGAUAUUUUUGCUGUCAAAGAGCGAGCUGGACAAUUGACUAGAAUUUGUGCUGACGUUACCAGUCAGCUGAGCACGGUCCAAAUUGAGAUGAAAUCAUUCAAGUGUCAAAAUUCGGAGUCUUCGUCGUUGGAGAACAGCAAUCGCAUAACGGAGAGCGUAAACGAAAGGGGUGGAAACGAUUAUCACCGUCAAAGGCACGCGGGUCACCGGGUGGACGAGCGUUUGGCGAGUUUGGAGCGUAAAAUCUCGAUAGUGGCACGUAAGCGUGGAGUUCUUGAGAAGAGAGUGGUGUACGAGAAUCAGGAUGAAUUGAAGCAGAAAAUAUUGAAUUUGGAGAAGAGCCAAUCGAUAAUGGAGAAUCGAGUUGAAAACGUGAGCAAAGGGCUAGAUGAAAAAGUGGGCAAAGUUGAAGAAUCGAUAAUUCGUUUGUACGAGUCGCUGGAGAAUAUCGAGGAGAAAAUCGAGAACAACAAGUCGGAGGAAAAGCGAGAACUUUCCAAGUUGGAGGUGAAUGCUGCGAAGAAAUACGCCGAGUUGUCGCUGACGAGAGAAGAGCUCGUUAAUUUGCGCCGAACCGUGCAAGCACUCAGCGUCAGUGCGUCCAAGUUACAGGAGAAAAGCGAUCUUCAAAGGGACACGAUAACAAGCCUGAAAUCUUCUUUGGUAAACGUAACGAGAACACGAAAUCUCGAAGCAUCUUCAUCGUUGAUCGGGCUCGAGGGAGCGAGCGGAAUAACAAAGGAGUUAGAACGAGCGGAGGAUGAUUACAGAACGAUGAUCGAGUCUUUGCCUGCGAACUGCGAGGAGCAUCACGACGGUUUAACGAUGCUCGCACCGGGAGGUCAAGCUUUGCCACUUCUGGUUUCUUGCCGCCGCGGUUGGAUCGUUAUAGGCCGCCGAAUUGACGGUACUGUUGAUUUCGAUAGAAAAUGGAACGAGUAUGCGGAAGGAUUCGGUUCGCCGUUGAACGAGCUUUGGCUCGGAAACGAAGCGAUACACAGACUUACUCGCGAUAAUUGUACGAGGCUGGGCAUCGAUCUCGUCGAUAUUUAUGGCAACCGUUGGCGAGCCGAGUACCAAAACUUCAGAGUCGAUUCCGACGAAACUGGAUAUCGAAUGACCGUUUCGGGCUAUUCCGGAAACGCUACCGACGCUUUCUCCUAUCAAAAUGGAAUGGCUUUCAGCGCUAAGGACAAAGACAUGGACACGAGCAGCUCCGAUUGCGCAGCUAAUUAUCGAGGCGGAUGGUGGUUCAGCCACUGCCAACAUGCCAAUCUCAACGGACGGUACUCCCUCGGACUCGCUUGGUACAGAGCUGAUACCAAUCAAUGGAUGGCUGUCGUAUCCGCUGUCAUGUCUAUUCAACGAAAACAACAGUGCUGAUCAUCAGACUGUACUGUCAAAUUCUCCAUAACGUUAUGAAAAUUUCAAACUCACCAAAAAAAAUCUACUUUUUAGUAGAUUUUCCAGUCUACGCGAGUUUUUACUCGACAUAAUCAAAAUUCGUAUUCUUUCUGCUGUCGGAAUCUAUUAUCAACGAAAAACUCUUCAGUCGAAAUUCGCUAUUUCAAACGGUACCAACCAAAACCACAAUUUUCUCAAAAAAAUCUGCGGAAAGUCGAUUUUUCUGUAUGAUCGAGAUCGUGGGCACAAAGAAAAAUCGAUUUUUUGCUUCUAGAAUGACUGAUUUCGAAAAUGGUGGCUUUGGUUUUCGGAAAAUCCAGUUUUGUUUAGAGUAAAACUGACAUUAACACGAUUAAGGAAAAACCGAAAGGAUCUUCCGACGUUUUUGGAAUCACUUAUCUCGAUAUUACCAGAUUUCACAUAAAUUAUUCAGUCCAAUUGUAGUUCUGAUCAGAUAAAACUGGAAAUGGAUAAAAAACUUUGUCGGAUCUAGCAGAAACCAGUGAAAUCGAGAUUUGACUGAACGACGAUCAAGUGAAACUUGCAUCUGUAAAAAAAUUCAGUUAUAACUUGAAUUCACUAGAUAGAUCAGGUUCUAACUCUGGUUUUAACGCUACUCACAUUUCGUUAGCUACAUAUAUAUGCUCAUACACUAAUAUAUAUAAACAUAGACCAAUAAGGCUCGUCCAAGCUGAACCAAAGAAUUAACAUAUCGCCGCUCUCAGAGGAUCCUUAGUCUCCUCUUUUGUACAUAAAAACAAAUAAAAAUAUAUGAAAACUAGAAAUUUUGUAGAUUGCGGCUAAUGCACCUGUAAAAAUAUUAUACUAUGAAUGUACUAUAUAAAAGAGGAAAGAAUAAUAUUCGUAGAAUCUUGAAAAAAUGAA